AAAUUAAUUAUAGUAUCUGUCUCACAGUCUCACUUGCUUGUGAGAAGAGGAAGACAAAAUAUAUGGCUAUGCUUCUCCUUCGUCAAGCUUCUCCCUUUCCAUUUCAAUCCAGGCAGCAAAUUAUCCUCCAAAACCGCCCUAUUCUCACUUCCAAAUCAAUGCAAAACCCUAGAGCACUCAACCUCAAGAAAAAUCUUUCUGAUUUCAGCUCUCAAUCUCUCAAAUUCGUUCUGUCUGGUGCUCUUGCGCUUGGAAUCUCUUUGUCUGGGCUUGGUUCAGUUGAAGCAAAGGUUGGGGUUAACAAGCCAGAAUUACUUCCCAAAGAAUUCAGCACUGUAAUUGAUGUUGCGGGGUUCCUUUCUGCAGGCCAGGAGAAUCGACUUCGACAAGAAAUUGACAAUCUUGAGAAGGAUACAGGAUUUAAGCUUAGAGUUCUUGCACAGAAUUAUCCUGAUACACCAGGCUUAGCUAUUAAGGACUUUUGGCAAGUGGACGAUAGAACAAUUGUUUUUGUUGCUGACCCAACUUUUGGCAAUAUAUUGAAUUUCAAUGUUGGCUCUACCAUUGACUUGGACAUACCAAGAAGCUUUUGGAGCCGUCUUGCCGGAAAAUAUGGGAACAUUUUCUAUUGGAAAGAAAAGGGAGAAGAUGCGUCCAUUGAGGCUGCUGUCAUGGCAAUAUCAAGUUGUUUGAAAGAACCUGUCGGCCCAAAUAACUGCUCUGAUGUGAAGUGAAACUUACUAAUUUUUCAUUGUUCAGGAAAUUUGACGAGGAAGACACAGUUUUGUGUUACCUUUUCUUUUUAGAGUGUAUAAUAAUCAUAAAUAGACUGUUCUUUUUCUUUCUUUCUUUUUAUUUUUAUUUUUAAAUUAUCUUGCAGCUAUUAAAAAACCAGUGGUUCUUUGCCCACAUUGAAAUUUUUUAUCUUCUUCCGAUGAUGUUAAACUUCUGUACUUUAUGAGAGAAAAGAAAAGAUGAUGGUUAAUAAUUGAAUGUGUAAUGUA